AUGAGAAUUUUCAGAGAAAUUAGAUUCAUCAAGGGAAGAGAUGAAAGGCAUUGUAAUGACCCACCUCCACUAUCCCCACUAUCUCCACCAUCUCCACCACUCCCACCAUCUCCACCAUCCCCAACUUCUUUAAAGAGAAAGAGAGAGAGAGGGAGAGAGAGAGAGAAAGAGAGAGAAAGCUCACCUGAGCUCGUCGCCGGAGCAACCGUGUGCCGUGAUCACGUUCAGCUUGCCACCACCGAUAAACGCCCUAGGCCAUCAUCGUGUUCCUCUCGUCGAGACGAAGCCGUAGACACCAACCACGCCUCAAACGGAGCCCGGACGAAGCCGCACGCGCCUCCCGAAGAUUCGCCUCGGCGCGCGCGUGAAACACACGCGCCACCGCCGUCCGCCGGAUCCACCGCGAGUUCCGGCCACGCGCCGCCGUCUCCGACCAACGUUCGCCGGAGCCGCCGUGACCGACCACCGUCCGUUCGCCGCCGGGAAGCUGUCGCCGCCUCGCCGCCGUCGCCGCCGUUGACUUUCCGGUAAGCCGCCGCGUCGCCGCCGGCGACCGACACCGGUGACUCGCCGGUGACUCGCCAACUCGGCCGAGUCAACCCGGUGAGUCAACUCGGUGACUCGGUCAACCGGUGGUUUGACCGGUUUAAAUCGAUUUCGAUUCGGUUAGGUUAAACCGGUCGGUUAAAAUCAAUUGGAAAUCGGUUAGGGAAAACCGGAUUAAUUAAUUAAUUAAUUAAUUAAUUAAUUAAAUAAUUAAUCUUUG